AAGAGUGCGUAAAGAGCUCUCAAGGUGGUAGGAGUAAUUAGCGGGGAUGGCGCGGCUAUGAUCCGCUUGCCUUGUGCCACAAAGCGGCGGCUGGUCGGGGCACCGUAGUGGAGGGACUGCAGAGCGGCGGACCGACCCGCAUACAUAGCUAUGCCUGGAAACGAUACGGACCCUGAACCCUGAACACCGACAGCGAUGGACAAACAAAAAGUGCUGAACCGGCUAGUCUUGGACCUUCAGUCGUUUCUCUUGGUCCUGGACAACGAGAACCUCAGCUAUAUUGCUCAGGCCCAGAAAAAGUCUAUUUCAGACUUGCUGUCUAAACUACAGGACACUCCUGUGGAGGAUGCAGAAUACAUGAUUAUGAACUGUCCGUCUGGAACCACCAACAGUGAUCUCAGGGAAAAUCAGACAGUCGCUGGGGGCUUCCUCCAGUCCAUGGUUAACCUCAGUCAUGCUGAAGAGCCAUCGUCCUCAGCUGAAUGGCUGCUGAAGGGGAGCAAGGGGCCUGUCCUGCCUCCUUACCCCCCCGAUGGCUUGGAUGAUGACUGCUAUGAAGAGGCAGAACCAUUCGUUCCAGUGAGUCAGCCCACAGACGCGGUGGACUCUGACAGCAGCCACUAUGAAUCGUACGGCGAGGAAGAGGGGGACUCUGUAAAGGAUCGGGCUCAUUACAUCCAAUGGAGCGCCUCGCAGCCGUGCCUCCGCUCCCCGCCAGAGUCACGCAUCUGCGGCUACCUCUCGAGAAAGAAGUGGCUGGGCCAGUGGAAGAAGCAGCUCUUCAUCAUCCGCAACACGGCCCUCCUGUGCUACAAAUGUGCCAAGGACCUGAACCCCCUGCUGGAGCUGGAGCUGAGGGGCUGCCAGGUGGUGUAUAAGUGCAAGCAUGGCAAGAAGAUGCAGCAUGAGCUGAAGGUGGUGGCGGGUUCGGACACCGUGGUCAUCGGCUUCCAGAGCUGCCAGCAGGCUGAGGAAUGGCGGAAGAUCAUUGAAGAAGUGAGCAGCUCCUUCCAAUACGAGAAGGAAUCUCACAGUUCGUCCUCAUUGCUGAAGUGUGACAGGCUGGAUUCUUGCAGGUCAAGCACCGUUCUCCACACGGACUCGGAAGACGACAAACUCUCUGGCCUUCCUUCUGCUAUCAGCAGUGCGGAAGUGAGAGAUAAGGGCUUCCUGAACGUCCUGAUGAACUGCCAGUGGCAGAGUCUGUGGUGCCAGGUGGAGCACGGCAUGCUGAAGAUGUUCCGGGACGAGGUGUGUGAGGAGAGCCCGCAGUACAGCGUGCAGCUCCGGGGGUGUGAAAUCCGCUCCGGCGAGGACACGGCACAGGCCUACCGCAUCACUGUGGCCCUGCACGGGGACCAAGUGGCUGUUCUGGAGGCCAGCUGCGCAGACGAGAAGGAGCGCUGGCUCCAGCUCCUGCAGGACGGGAGCCUGGAGCUGGCAGAGUCCCAGUAUGAGCAGCUGGACUCCAUGCUGGAUGCUGGGCCUAGCAGACCGCUCAGUGGUUUGAUGACUCGUAAAUUCCCGACCUCCAACAUGUACAUCGACGACCCCUUUCAGCAGUUGUGUGGGAUAGUGCAAAGCCAGCCAAUCUACUCAAACACAUGCAUUUUGGAGCACAGGUUCCAGAAGUCUCAGAACAAUACACAGAGAGAUUCAGUGAUUUUUAAAGAUGAAAGUAACUAUAUCAACAAAGGAACCUUCUCCAACCACACCCUGAAGGUGGCACCAGACCUGGCGCGGGGGGUGCAGAAGCUGGAACUGGUCGGGAAAAGACGUACACAGCUUCACGCAGGAUCAGAGGCGAACCUGGUGACGGCUGGCAGGCCUCCCAAGCGCUCCUCCUUCAGACAGUCUUUGGCCUUCUGCACUGAAAGGGCACAGGGAGGGUUCCUGACACCCUUGCUGCGACGCACUGCCUCUGCAAAGAAUUCCCUGAAACGAGCUCCCUCUGCCAUCUUUAUGGAGAAGGGCAAGGUCUUCCAGAGAAAGAAGGAGUGGGAGACAAAAGCCUCUGCAUGAUACCAGUCAGCCACUUAACCUUCACCUUGUAUACAUUUCCUUACUUGUAUAAGUAUAUAUUGCACUGAAUAUAUUGUUACUGUGCAUGUGGAUCAUGCAUUUUUGAGUUUUUUUUUUUUAGAAAUUUUUGUAUGAAUUUAAAGUCUUUUGGGUUUUCUAUUUGAUGGCAAUGCAAACUGUAAACUCUGUACUCCUCCAUUAAACAGCUAACGUUCUCACGCUA